AUGAACCUGUUCCUCAAGCUCAUCUAUUCUCUGGCAAGAGCUGAGAUACUGAAGUCGGUUCUGGCCUUCCAUCCCAAUCGACACGAACUUUCCGGAGGGCCGCUGAAGGUAGCCUUCGAGCAAUUAAGCUUUCUAGUGAAGGCGAAAUUCGAGAAUAUGGAUUUUUUCAUGCAGCACAAAUUCAAAAGAACUCUGUUGAACUUCAUGGCAGAGACAAGAUGGGCGGAGGCUACGAAUCCAUUGGAUAAGAUUUAUGGCGUCUUCAGCCUCGCCAGUGACGCGCGAACAUUGGGCUAUGAGCAUUUCUGCGGCGACAAACUCUUACCGCAACGUCCUUUCGAGAUCGACUAUAAGUUGACAAAGGAAGAGCUCUUCACUAACGUUACCAAGGCCAUAAUUUGUACUUCGAGAUCUUUAGAGAUACUUCGCUUCGCAAGAUACGAGCCGAACAGUACCAGCAACCUUCCAUCCUGGGUAGCUGAUUGGGCUAAUCCCAUGCCACAUGUCGUUCAUGACUAUCUUCCCGUAGAACCCAUCAACAAGAACGGAAGUCACUCUUGGCGUCCCUUACCAAAAUCUUCAGAAACCCCGAACUCAUGGACUGCUAUACCUUGUGAAAUUACCAAUCGCUGUGGAGCAUAUUUCAGAAUCGGGCAUGAGAACACACUGACGGUCACGGGUAUACAAUUUGACACGAUCAAAACAAUAUCCUCCCAAGUCGUUCCCCAGGAUCAAAGCUCAUAUUCCUUCGGGCCGCAGAACAAGGACUUUACGGAAGAAGCGAGAGAAUGUCAUCACCACCUUGAAUUGCUCAAGGUCUGGAGCGAGGAAUGCGUAAGACAGGCUCAAACAUGUACCCCAUAUCCAACCGGACAGAGCUUAUCAAGCGCGCUAUGGAGCAUGUUGAAUGGCUACGAUACUCGGAAAGAGGAUCAGGUACCCGAUGGCUGCCUUGCGCUUCCUCAAGCGAUCGAGAAUGUCCAAGUCACGCUUGGCAAUGUCGAAAAACAGAUUCACUCCAAACACGCCGAUGCUCUAUCCGAUGUUUUAGGGUGCGCAGCGCUGUCAAACUUCCUGCAUCGUCUGUCACAGCUCCCAAAGAUGAGCCAAACAUGUUUGGCGCAGAAGUUUGUCACUACUCAGAGGCGAUACAUGGGGUUGAUGCCUGAGGGAGCAAAGGUGGGCGACAUAGUCUGUGCGAUCUAUGGUUGUGCAACACCAGUGGUGUUGCGCAGUUAUGAGAACGGAUAUUUCAGACUUAUUGGUCACGGGAGAGUGCAUGGCUUCGACUUUGAUAAUGCCGUCAUCGAAUCGACAUUUACUCGUCGGAAAGGCAUGAGGAAAUCUAGGAAAGGAUUUACGUUCAUGACAUUUGAUCCGGCUGGACGGAAGAUUUAUACGUUACUCAAGGAGACAAGAAACUUCACUUUAAUAUGA